GGUUCCUGGCGCCCGAAAUGAAAGGAAGAUGUCGGCAGCGUCCCUGGCAUCGUACGUCAUUGGUAAACUGUCGAGAAGCGCGCCCCUGGAAACGGCAGGCAACGACAUGACUGGAAGGUCGCGAAGUGCAUCAUCUACUCCAAGACUUACGGCUGUAUGGAGGGUCAAAUCAACUCCGUACGAAAUUCCUGUUCCGAACACAUCGCCGUUUAAGGAAGAUGGAUCUUUGUUGAGGCUCCUGAGGGCUAAGUCCAUGCCAUCGCUGGUCAGGGAAGUAGAUUUCACUUCACGAAGUGUAAGAGUCUCUUCACCUACGUCAUUCCUCACUCCUGGUGAUAGGUACACCAGAAGCCCUUCCCCCUCCCCUCUUAGGAGUAGCUUGGUGAAUCCAAGAUUAAGUUUCGACCUCGGUGAGGGAUCAGACUCCACAGGUGCUUCACUGAUUACUCCGAUGAAUAGUCCCCGUGACGAGUCCCCGGCAGAGCACCGCAAACUCACCCGCUCUGCCUCUGAUGGACACAUCUGGGCCAGACGCAAGACACAUCUCAGAGAUGUUAGAGACGAAUUUCCCGCUGGUACUCUGCCUUCAGUCAAGAAUCUGAAGAUCAAGUUUGACAGGAACCUAGAAGGGAAACCCGAAAAUAACGCUGAAAGGCACGGGAGAACCGUUUCUAGAAAAUUACCACACAGUUCAUCAGAUGAAGGUGACUGUCCUGGAGGUGACACUGCAUCGCAACAUGUUACCACGAGGAGAAAUAGUAGACACGAAAGUUUGGAGAGGUGGGAAACAGAUGCUGUCGAAGUUGCUCGCUUAGACCUGCAGAAACCUCGGAAGUCGAUCGGGGAACUUAAACAACGUUUUGAAGUUUGUGUGUCCAGCACAGAGGAUGACACACUCCCCACAACACAACUCGGUAUACACCAGACGAAUCUAGAGACGCGUGUGAGGUAUACCGAGGAAACUUCACCACCACGAAAACCCAUCACCGUUGAAAGUCAGUCUGAGAGGAAAUCUAGGCACAGAGUGAAGAACAUAGAUGGAACCGCUCGCCCUCGAGCCAAGAGUGAACCAAACCCUUCAGCCAUCCGGCGGCUGAGGUACGAGCCUUCACAUGUAUCAGUGCGGAAGCUCAAGAUGCAGUUUGAAAUACAGGCAACAAUAGAGACAGACUACUCAAAGAAGCCUGUCCCUAUACAGAAACUAGUGAACAACUCCCGAAAACACUGCCCAAGGAACCAUCACUCCUACCAACUGCAAAAUAUGGUGUCUGCUCAAAAUAUAGUAAAGGAAAACGAAAAAGAGAGACGAUUUAGGUCUGAACUCCCAGAACGUAGCACACAACCCACACAAGUAAGCAUUGAUAGCAAGAUAACUCCUUCAGUGAAGAAACUUAAGAAGCAGUUCGAAGAGGCAGUAUUGGCUCAAUAUCAAGGUAAGAGCGUUGAAAGAGAUGAUCCCAACAGGCCAAGAACAACUAUUAAAUCUCAGCUCAGGACCCCUUUCGAAGGCAAUAAUGACAGUCAAGAGUCCGAUAACACGAAGAGGGAGGCAGACCAAGCGCCUGCACCUCAAGCACUCUCAUCUACUUUGGUAAAAGAUCUUCUACGGCAGUUUGAGACCCUUUCCCCCGAAGAAUCCCCCUACGAAGGAGGCCAGAAAUUCUUAUUUGAGCAGGUUCCUGAAACAAAAAUCGAGCAGAAGCCUCCUGAUGAUGCCAAAGCUGCAGAAGUUGUCUCACACACUCUUGCAGCAAAGAGAUUAGAAACAGAAUCUAUCUUCAAGGUUGAUGAAUACAGUUUCCCAGAUGACAAGGAGUCUACGAUCGCGAGUAAGAUAGAGGAGAUUCACAAGAGGUCAGCAUCUUCCAGUGAUGAAAUUCUUAUUACAAGAAUGACAUGUAAUAUAACUGACGAUGCUCAGGAGAGGAACCAGAAAGUCGAUGACGAUUGGUCAAAGAAAGAGAAAGAAGUGAAAAAUGAGAGUAAAGAGCCAAAACGGAUAACUGAAGGAAAAAAUGUGCAAGAACAUGAAAAAGCAGAAGAGACGACCAAAGACAAAAUACAUAAUGGACAAGAGAAACAGCAACUGGAGGGAAGACAAAGAGUAGAAGACAGCGAGAAAGAGGAAACGGAGCGGAAACUAAAGCAGGCAAAACCAAGAGAAUGUAAAGAGAAAGAAAUACUUCAAGAACGAAAGAAUAAAGAGAAAAUUUCACAAGACAGAAAAAAGACGGAGAAAAUUGAAACUCAAAACAAGGAAAAGGAAAAAGUGAAGAAACAAGCAGAUGAACGAGAGGAGGAAGUAAAACCCGGGAGAGAGAGAAAGGAGAAACCAGAAGAAACUAAAGAAAAACACAGAGAAAAUGGGAAUGAAAUGGAAGGUAAGAUCCAACUAACGCUAGAUACAGAAGAAUGGCAGGAAAGUGAAGAGAAAGUGAACUUACAUAUUCCCUCUGAUAAAAAGGAAGAGCUUGUGAAGGGAAAAAGUGGAAGUAUUGAGAAAACAGCUGAAAUAAAACAAGAAAGCCAACCAGAGGGAUUUGAAGACAAUGGACAAAAAACGAGUGUGUUUGCUGAUGAGUUCGCCAGCACUCAGGGUAAUGAGUGCACAAGUGACCAGUCCAGAAACGUUCUCUUGCAGCUAGAGGAUUCUCCUCUUCAGUCUUCCGAACACAAAGUAGGUCAACUGAUUGAUAGGUUUACUAACCUCCUCGAUGUUGAUUUUGAUAAACUAGAGAUUGGUCAGCCUCAGUCCAGUGAAGAUGAGGAGAGGCGUCUCUCCGAUGUUGCAGCACUGGUCGGCAAGUUUGCCAAGUUAAAUAAGAUCAGACACUCUUCCUCAGAGUCUGAUGAAGCUUCUGAAGGUCCCACAAGUGCUGGGAAGACGGAGGCUGCGCCAAUCCCAACUAUUCCAGCCAAUACAAUACCAGGAAAAGUCCGCACGCUUAAAGCUGACGAAUUACGUUUCUUCGAGACUGGCAACACCAGCGAGCCAUUCAUCAGGAGUCAGUCUCUCAGGACGAAGAAAACCGAGCCGCCUCCAUUCGUAAAACGUCGAAGUGGAUCAAUGCGAGAAAAGAAAAGUGGGAAUACUUUGCUGCCACCAGAGGACAGCACCAAUGCAGCCAAAGCUCUACCACGAAAUUGCCGACCACUUCGACCUGAUGAACUUCGCUUUUUUGGCAUGGGGAAUAACAAUAUAUACACCGUAAGGGAAGUAAAUACAUCCAAAGAGGAAGUGAAAGAGAACAAACAAGAGUCAGAAUUCAACCAGGAUUUUCGUCUAGCUAGCCAGGGAAAUCAGUGUCAACACAACGGAUUCCCUGGCGAUGAUCAAAAGCCCUCAACAAACUACGAUUCUGACUCUGAUUCAGAAGCAAGCAUCCUGAGAGAUUGUGACUCGUGUGAUUCAGAUGAAAUUCAACUCGUAGAUGAAACAAUUGAGUUAGGUGAUACCUUUAAGAGUUCCGAAGAAACUGAAAUCUCUGAUUGUGAGGAGAAUCUGAGCUGUGAAAUAAAAGAAAUCGCUUUAAUGAAUACUGGAACUGAAGAACUAUUGGAACCAGUCGAAUGGGACCAAGUGGGUGAGGAAAAUUUCCUUGUAUUCUCCCUUAGAGGUUCCACAAUUAAUGAAGAGUAUGGCCUUACAAGUAUGGCUAAAAAAGAAAAUGGGUGUGCCACUGCAGUCACAGAAAACGAUGCUUCUAUUUACAUUAGAGAGGGAACUAUACUAGAGACGAGAAGUGUAACAGAAAAUACAUUGCAAGGUGCGAAGGGCAUACUGGCAGAAGCUAAGCUGUGCAGAAACGGCAGUGGGUGUUACAGGGAGAUGCACGAAGUUAGUAACAGAGAAGUACAGUGGACAGAGAAAGUUACUCUAAGAAAUAUUGCAAAUUCAGCAACUGUGUUGAAAGAUUUUCAUGUGCAGAUACCACCACUGCCUCAUGUUGAUACGUACAGUAGUGGGAGAGGAGAAUUUACCGAAGAAUUAGGAAGUGCGGAACAGAGAGUAGCACAACUGAAGGUAGAGUCGGAACUAAUACAAUUUUCAGAGAACACCAGUCAAGAUAAUCACAAGAACAUUGACCAGCUUCAGCAAGUGACGGGUUAUGAGGCAAAAGACGACGCUGCACACUGCAUCCAAGAAACUGAGAAUAACAUAAAUGAUGAGCCCCAGAGGUUAUAUAAUAUACCAGUGAGUGUCAGAGCCUCAAGUAACUAUGAAGAGGAACUGGUUACUCCAGAGGACGCGUGUGAGAGGGAGGAGGAGGAGGACGACAGUGAGAACACCAGCUCAGACACUGAUCUUGGACUCGUCGACGAAGCCUUCUUGAAAAUGGAAGACGAAAUCGACCAAGAAACUCGUGCAGUUCCACUCAGCUUCGAAAUAGACUGGUUACAACCUGAUUUAAAUAAACUGACGAGAAAAGCAGAAAGAGUAAAAGCUGAGAAACACACUAAUACUGUUAAAAGCACACCGAGUUUCUUGCACAAUGCAGAAGACCUGUUGUGCCUGGGAGGCCUGAGUGACGAUGUUAUAAACCACGAUGAGCAAGCCGUGACUGACAGUAAGAUCUCACUUCUUGGGAGAGAGAGAAGUGAAGAGGUGAGAGAGAUAUAUCUUGCUUGUUCUGGGAAGGACGAGGAAGAAGAAAGGAUAGAAGACGUGUACCUAGAGUGUUUUGACUUCAGUAAUGAGCAACACGUUACUUUAUUCAGCCUCUUAGUGUCAGCAGUGACGCUCAUGAUAGCAUUAGCCUCCAAUUAUUUCUUAUCCUGAUUGACCUUAAUGUUGAAAUUAGAAAAGUAUAACAUUAAUUAGUCAUAAUUGUAAGGCAACUUUAUCAAAUUAAUUUAAGUGUUAUAUAAAAUACCUGUUUAACAUUUACCCAACAGUGUAGCAAACAUUGAGAAUUUUCCCUACAUUGACUGUAAACAUUAAUGGCAUUGUCUGUGGCACUAGGUGCUCCCCCCUCAUCCCAAGACGCUGUAUGACCCCCCCUCAUCCCAAGACGCUGUAUGACCCCCCCCUCAUCCCAAGACGCUGUAUGACCCCCCCCCAUCCCAAGACGCUGUAUGACCCCCCUCAUCCCAAGAAUCUGUAUGACCCCCCCCUCAUCCCAAGACGCUGUAUGACCCCCCUCAUCCCAAGAAUCUGUAUGACCCCCUCAUCCCAAGAAUCUGUAUGACCCCCCCUCAUCCCAAGAAUCUGUAUGACCCCCCCCUCAUCCCAAGACGCUGUAUGACCCCCCCUCAUCCCAAGAAUCUGUAUGACCCCCCCCCUCAUCCCAAGAAUCUGUAUGACCCCCCCCCUCAUCCCAAGACUCUGUAUGACCCCCCUCAUCCCAAGACGCUGUAUGACCCCCCCCCUCAUCCCAAGACGCUGUAUGACCCCCCCUCAUCCCAAGACACUGUAUGACCCCCCCUCAUCCCAAGACGCUGUAUGACCCCCCCUCAUCCCAAGACGCUGUAUGACCCCCCCUCAUCCCAAGACUCUGUAGACCCCCCCUCAUCCCAAGACGCUGUAUGACCCCCCCUCAUCCCAAGACUCUGUAUGACCCCCCCCCCCUCAUCCCAAGACGCUGUACGACCCCCCCUCAUCCCAAGACGCUGUAUGACCCCCCUCAUCCCAAGACUCUGUAUGACCCCCCCUCAUCCCAAGACGCUGUACGACCCCCCUCAUCCCAAGACUCUGUAUGACCCCCCCUCAUCCCAAGACUCUGUAUGACCCCCCCCUCAUCCCAAGACGCUGUAUGACCCCCCCUCAUCCCAAGACUCUGUAUGACCCCCCCCUCAUCCCAAGACGCUGUACGACCCCCCCUCAUCCCAAGACGCUGUAUGACCCCCCUCAUCCCAAGACUCUGUAUGCCCCCCCCUCAUCCCAAGACGCUGUACGACCCCCCCUCAUCCCAAGACUCUGUAUGACCCCCCCCUCAUCCCAAGACGCUGUAUGACCCCCCCCUCAUCCCAAGACUCUGACCCCCCCCUCAUCCCAAGACUCUGUAUGACCCCCCCUCAUCCCAAGACGCUGUAUGACCCCCCCCCCCCCUCAUCCCAAGACUCUGUAUGACCCCCCCUCAUCCCAAGACGCUGUAUGACCCCCCCCCCUCAUCCCAAGAAUCUGUAUGCCCCCCCCCCGUGAUUAAUCUAUCCCUCAGGCUGGAAAGUUGUUAUUCAACUACAGGAACAAAUAAAUCUUUUAAGAAAGUUUAAGUAUUUAAUAAUUUUUAUCAAGUGAAAAACUUGGUUUUCCUAAUGAUUGUUUUUGGUGAAAAUUGUUGACUUAAUACGAAUUAUAAUGGAAA